AUGUGUAAGGGUUGUCCCUCUAUCAUUCUUGGCGGUCUUACCUUAUCUGUUGCUGAGCCCUGGAUGUGUAGGGGUUGUCUCCCUAUCAUUCUUGGCGGUCUUACCUUAUCCUUUCCUCGCAAUGUCAGGGGAUUGCCUCCUCGGUUGCUGAGCCCUGGGUGUGUAGGGGUUGUCCCCCUAUCAUUCUUGGCGGUCUUACCUCACCUAUCCUGA